AAGUCUCUAUUAAUCUCUCUUACCUAUUGCUUGUUUUGAAUACAGAAAACAAUACACUACCAUUUUCUUUUAGACCCUCCAAUGGCUCCCAGAUCCAUUGUUUUCUUCCUUGUGUUUAUAUCCUUUGGAUGUGGAAGAGCUCAACCAAGGCAAUCUAGCCAUAGUAUAACCCCGGGCUCUUCACUCUUUCCAACAACUCAACCCUCUUCAUGGAUUUCUCCUUCUAAACGAUUUGCAUUUGGGUUCUUCCAGCUGCAAGGCACUACUGGCUUUACGGUAGGAAUUUGGUUAGUCGGUAAUCACAACACAACAGUGGUGUGGACGGCAAUUCGUGAUUAUCCAGCGAUCACCUCAGACGCAAGGCUCGAUUUUACGAAGGAUGGUCUGCUUCUUUUGACAAGUGAGGGAGGACAACAGAAACUCAAUGCAAAUCCAACAGGUUCUGUUUCCUAUGCCGCCAUGCUCGACUCUGGCAAUUUUGUGCUCUAUGACAAGGAUUCCAAGAUAGUUUGGCAGAGUUUUCAACAUCCUACCGACACCAUUUUAGGAGGUCAGACUCUGUUCUCUGGAGGUCAACUCUUCUCCAGCUUAAACAAGAGUGACCACUCAACCAGAUCACGGUUUCAUCUCAAGAUGCAGGAUGAUGGAAACCUUGUUUUAUACCCAACAAACACUGGAGACACUCCAGGCGAUGCUUACUGGAGCUCAAACACUUUCGGUCAUGGUUCCAAGCUCCACCUUUAUCUCAAUGAUACAGGCAUUCUACUUAUCAUCAACGGCACUAGUUUACAGAAAGUUUCUGGUGGAACGAUUUAUGAUGCUAGCUCAUCUUCGGUCCCCAACAAUAGUAUAAUUUAUCGUUCAACUCUUGCUUCUGAUGGAAUUUUUCGUUUCUAUUCUCAUUCCUAUGAUGGAAGUGGCGACUUCAAUGUAUCGACUUUAUGGGAAGCGUUGACAGAUCCAUGUGAAGUGAAAGCUUUCUGUAGUUUCAACAGCUAUUGCACUUUCAACGACAACAAAGCAUACUGUCGAUGCCUUCCUGGGACUGAUUUUGUAGAUCCGAAUGACUGGUCUCUUGGCUGCGAGAGGAACUUUUCGGAAGCAGAAUGUACAGGUGGAAAAGAAAAUAAAACCUUAUAUCACAUCCAAACCAUAGAGAAUAUGAAGUGGGGAGGUCGUCCUUAUGUUGAGGCACUAAUGUCGACAGUGGAAGAAUGCCACAGGUCUUGUUUGGAAGACUGCAAUUGUGGGGCGGCACUAUUCAAGGAAGGUUCUUGCAAGAAACAAAGUCUUCCGCUGAGAUAUGUAAGAAGAGGAAAAGAAGAGGAGAGCACCGGAAUCUUUAAGGUUGGUAUAACAAGUCUUAUGAGCAGCAAUGAAACUGAUAACCAAAAGACGCCACACGAGGUCACGAUCGUACGCAAAACAACAGCAAUAGUGCAAAUUCUUCUUGUGACUUUUGGUUUUACUGCAUUGUCAUGUGUUGGCCUUGCAAUAUCUGGCUUUUUCGUUUUCAAAAGUCGAGUUUUAAGGUACCAAAGGCUGUUAGAAAAUGGAAAUCUGGGAGCGAAUGAGGAGGUCACAUUGAGAUUGUUUUCGUAUAAUGAGCUGAAAAGAGCAACAAAUGGCUUCAAAGCAGAAUUAGGUAAGGGCUCAUUCGGAGCAGUUUACAAAGGGGCACUAUACAAAGGCAGAAGACUUGUUGCAGUAAAGAGACUAGAGAAACUAGUUGAAGAAGGUGAAAGGGAGUUCCAGGCAGAGAUGCGAGCAAUUGGAAGAACUCACCAUAGGAACUUAGUUCGUUUGCUGGGUUACUGCGCCGAGGGGUCUAAAAGGCUUCUGGUUUACGAGUACAUGAGCAAUGGCUCCCUUGCGGAUCUUCUUUUUAGAGCGGAUAGACGUCCAGACUGGGAUGAGAGAGUGAGAAUCGCACGGGAUGUUGCAAGAGGGAUCCUCUAUCUACAUGAAGAGUGUGAGGCCCCAAUUAUUCAUUGUGAUAUAAAGCCUCAAAACAUUCUUAUGGAUGAUUUUUGGACUGCCAAAAUUUCUGACUUUGGGCUCGCAAAAUUCUUAAUGCCUGAUCAAACUAGGACCUUCACAGGGAUCAGAGGGACAAGGGGGUACUUAGCACCUGAAUGGUAUAAGAACACCCCAAUAUCAGUAAGGGCAGAUGUUUAUAGCUAUGGAAUGGUACUGUUGGAAAUUUUAUGUUGUAGAAAGAACAUAGAGCUUAACGUAUCAAACAACGAAGAGGUUGUUCUUUCGACUUGGAUCUAUAAAUGCUUUGUUGGUAGAGAGUUGGAUAAGAUUGUGCACGGGGAAGAAGUAGAUAAGACCGCCUUGGAGAAUAUGGUUAAGUUGGGACUCUGGUGUAUUCAAGACGAACCAGCUCUCCGUCCUUCCAUGAAAAGUGUCCUCUUGAUGUUAGAAGGGAUUACUGAGAUAUCUAUUCCUCCAUGUCCAGCUGCUACGUCCAUGUAAACUUUCUCCUGCAAGAAAAAAUUAUAUCUGAUUUCAUGUAGUUUUUAUUUGUUUUAUUUAUUUUCUUGCACUCAUAAGGGAAGAGGAUGUGUUAGCCCUCUCACUAGUCAACUAUUCUGUUUAGAGGUAGAAAGUUGAAGUGCACAAAACAGUGCAAG